AUGGCAAGCAGAGGGGCAGCAAGACCCCUGAGGGGUCUCGUCAAUUCCACUACUCGGAACAGCCUGCAGGGCUUCCGCAAUGCUUCCACGCCCUCGAUAACGCGCUCAAUGGCAACGGAGGCCCCGCUGUCAGCCUCAUCCACCACGGCCCCCGCCCCUGCCGCCCCUUCAACCCUCUUGACCACCUCCGCCAUCCCUAUCGCAAACCCCAAGCUCUACUCGCCGCCGAUCCCCGAGCACAUCCGCGCCCCCACCGCACCGACGACCGUCUACCGCUUCCCGACGAUGGAGCCGCUGCGCUUCCUCGCGUACCCGUCGUCGCACCUGCUGGUGCCGCUGCGGCGCGACCUGCUGCACCGGGCGGUCGUGUACGAGGGCGACAAGACGCGCCAGGGCACGGCGUCGACCAAGUGGCGGUCCGAGGUGCACGGCAGCGGCCGCAAGAUCCGGCCGCAGAAGGGUACCGGCCGCGCGCGUCUGGGCGACAAGAAGAGCCCGAUGCUGCGUGGUGGUGGUGUUGCGUUCGGCCCGCACCCGCGCGACUUCGCGACCGGCCUGCCGCGCAAGAUUUACGACCUCGCUUACCGCACCGCGCUGUCGUACCGCUACCGUCGUGGUGAAUUGGUUGUUGUGGAGGAUGGGGCGGAGUUGGAGAGCGCGAGCCCCCUGUAUCUGGGUGAUGUGUUUGAGGCGAAUGGCUGGGGUAACAGGAAUGGGAGGAGUUUGGUCAUCACGACGAAGCCUCGGGAGAACUUGUGGGCCGCGAUGGAGGAAGCUGGUCAGCAUGGCGAGGUCAAGACGUGGCACGAUGUCGAUGUCAAGGAUGCGUUGCAGUUUGGCAGGCUGAUUGUGGAGAAGAGCGCGUUGGAUUCUCUUCUGGAGACCCACCAGCACGACCUUCAGAGGCCAAAGGUUGCUGUUGCGCAGGCAUAG